GCAUGCGUAACGGCGUUGGGGAAAAAGCGCUCGCGGGGGCGAGUGAGAGAGAGAGCUUGGAAGAAGAGGGUGGUUGCCUGCGCCUGCGCCUUAGACGCAAAUUGACGGCGGCCUUGACAGCUUAUGCCUUGUGUGCCGUAGAAGAGGGGGUUGGAGAGAGCGAGUAGCGAUGCUGGCGCAUGCGUGGUAGCGGGCAGGCGCGGGGGCUCGGGUGGAGAAAGCCGCCGCCGCCCGGGCGCUGAGAGGAUUCCCUAGUUCUUGCGUCUCCGUCACCGCCGCCUGGGCCUGCUCAGCCGCUGCCGUUGCCGCCGUCGGAGUCCCGGCCCCUCCCGUGGGGAGGCAGGAAGGUCCCGGGAGCCGACGGGACAGGCGGGACCAUGUCUGGGCGCGCCCAGAGCGGCAAGCAGUCCACGACGGAGCGCAUCGUGAAGGCUCACAAGGAGCCAUGAAGGGCAAGGAUCAGUAAGACAAGUGGUUGGCUUCACAGAUGAAAGCACCUUGUCCACUUCCUCAGAAGGGAGAAGCCGAAACCGAUCCCAAUUUACCGGCAUGCAACUGGCCAACUCUGGUUCAUCCACUGUGUCCACGGCGCACGGGAUCGAGCUCCCUGUCCCUUUCCCCCCUACACAGCGGCUGACCCUGAAAGAAGUUUUUGAGGAUGGGAAACCCAGGUUGGAGGUCUUAAGAAACCACUUGGUGAAAGAAGGGCGCCUGGAAGAGGAUGCAGCGCUGAAGAUCAUCAAUGAUGGAGCUGCCAUUCUGAGGCAUGAGAAGACCAUGAUUGAAGUUGAGGCUCCAAUCACAGUGUGUGGUGAUAUUCAUGGGCAGUUCUUUGACCUGAUGAAGUUGUUUGAAGUUGGAGGAUCACCCAAUAACACUCGCUACCUCUUCCUGGGAGACUACGUGGACAGAGGCUACUUCAGUAUAGAGUGUGUGCUGUACUUAUGGAGUUUAAAGAUAAACCAUCCCAAAACACUUUUCCUGCUCCGAGGGAACCAUGAGUGCAGACACCUCACAGAAUACUUCACUUUUAAACAGGAAUGUCGAAUCAAGUACUCGGAGCGCGUGUACGAUGCAUGCAUGGAUACAUUUGACUGUCUUCCUCUUGCUGCCCUUUUGAACCAGCAGUUUCUGUGCGUACAUGGAGGGCUGUCUCCUGAAAUCACAUGUCUAGAUGACAUUAGGAAAUUAGACAGGUUUAAGGAGCCUCCAGCCUUUGGCCCCAUGUGUGACCUGUUAUGGUCUGAUCCAUCAGAGGAUUAUGGCAACGAGAAGACACUGGAACAUUUUACCCACAACACUGUUCGAGGUUGCUCCUACUUCUACAGUUACCCUGCAAUUUGUGAAUUUUUGCAAAACAAUAAUUUGUUAUCUGUGAUCCGAGCACAUGAAGCCCAAGAUGCUGGGUACCGAAUGUACAGAAAGAGCCAGACUACAGGUUUUCCAUCCCUAAUCACAAUAUUUUCUGCACCAAAUUAUCUAGAUGUCUAUAACAACAAGGCUGCUGUGCUGAAAUAUGAAAACAAUGUCAUGAAUAUCAGACAGUUCAACUGUUCUCCGCACCCCUACUGGCUUCCAAACUUCAUGGAUGUUUUCACAUGGUCUUUGCCUUUUGUAGGGGAAAAGGUUACAGAGAUGCUGGUUAACAUCCUCAACAUCUGUUCCGAUGAUGAGCUCAUUUCAGAUGGAGAUGAAACAUUGGACGAUAACUACAUUUCAAGCUAUCCGAAAGGAGGCACAAAUGCCCGUAAAGAGAUCAUCAGGAAUAAGAUCAGAGCCAUUGGGAAAAUGGCACGAGUCUUUUCAGUUCUUCGAGAGGAGAGUGAGAGUGUGCUGACACUGAAAGGCCUGACUCCCACAGGUACUCUGCCCCUGGGAGUCCUCUCAGGAGGGAAACAGACUCUACAGACUGCCACAGUAGAAGCGGUAGAGGCACGGGAAGCCAUCCGUGGAUUUUCACCACAGCACAAGAUCCGCAGCUUUGAAGAAGCCAGGGGGCUGGACCGUGUUAACGAACGCAUGCCGCCACGCAAGGAUUCAAAACACCCAGAUGGGCCGGUGAACUUAACCUCAACAAACUCUGCGGAAAAGAAUGGGAUGGGGAAGAAAGCCCAGUAACAGUUCAAGUGCUGCCCAGUCUGUAUCACUAAAGGAUCCAAAACUUAAAUGAAUUCUAUUUAUUUAUUAUGAAGGGAGAGGGGAAGGGGGGGAAGAAACCAACUUAGCCUGGAGGCACGUCCAUUAUGCAUCAAUUCUGUAAGAGAGGUGACCGUUUUGUAAGUUUUUAAAAUUUUAUGUUCAAUAUAUAAAGUCAUCCUUUUUUUAAAA